AUGGCAAACACUCUCUGGAGCAUCCUGAAACUUGUCAGUUUUACAGCUCUUGGUAACAUGCUGCUUUUGGGGGCACAGUGUACAAUUUUAAACAUCUGCCUAAAGUCGUGUGUAGCUAACCUGGGUGGGCGGCUCGACCUUGGCACCCCACACAGUCUAAGUGGACCGUGUAUCCAAGGAUGUUACUUUUGGAGCUCUGUAGACCAGGAAAACUGUGCUGUUAAGUGUCGAGAGGCCUGUGAAGUCGGCUGCAGCAGUGUGGAAGGUGCCUACGAAGAGGAGGUGUUGGAAAACACAAAUCUCCCUACUGCACCAUUUGCUUCUUCCAUUGGAAGCCAUAGUGUGACUUUACGGUGGAAAUCUGCCAAUAUCUCUGAAGUGAAAUACAUCGUUCAGUGGAAAUAUGCACAACUCCCAGGAAGAUGGACUUACACUGAGGCCGUAUCCAAGCUCUCCUACAUGGUGCGGGACCUGCACCCCUUCACAGAAUACGUUUUUCGAGUGGUUUGGAUCUUCACAGCUCAGUUGCAGCGUUCUUCUCCUACAAGCCCAAGUUACAGGACUCAUCCUCAUGGAGUUCCUCAAACUGCACCUUUUAUUCGGAAUAUUGAGAGCUCUGGCCCUGACACUGUGGAGGUCAGUUGGACUCCACCCCAAUUCCCAGGUGGACCUAUUCUGGGUUACAAUUUAAGGCUGAUCAGCAAAAAUAAUAAAUUCGAUUCAGGGACGCAGAGAACCAGUUUCCAGUUUUAUUCUACUCUUCCAAAUACCACCUACAGGUUUUUUGUUGCAGCAGUAAAUGAAGUUGGUGAGGGGCCAGAAGCGGAAUCUAGCAUCACCACCUCAUCCCUAGCAGUUCAAGAAGAGGAGCAGUGGCUUUUUUUAUCCAGAAAAAUAUCUCUAAGAAAGAGAUCUCUAAAACACUUAGUAGAUGAAGCACAUUGUCUUUGGUCAGAUGCUAUACACCAUAAUAUUACAGGUAUAUCCGCUCAUGUGCACCGGCAAGUUGUUUAUUUCUCUGAGGGAACUCUCAUAUGGAUGAAGGAGGCUGCCCACAUGUCUAAUGUGUCUGACCUGAGAGUGUUUUAUAGAGGUUCAGGACUGAUCUCUUCCAUUUCCACAGACUGGCUUUACCAGAGAAUGUAUUUCAUCAUGAAUGAGCUGGUCUAUGUCUGUGAUUUGGAGAACUGCUCAAACUUUGAGGAAAUUACUCCGCCCUCUAUUAUUACACCUCAGAAACUUGUGGCUGAUGCCUACAAUGGGUACAUCUUUUAUCUCCUGAGAGACGGCAUUUACAGAGUCGAUCUCCCUGGGCCAGCUGGCGGAGAUGCCAAGCCUGUGCGCAUCGUGGAGAGUUGCACAUUAAAGGACUUCGCAAUAAAACCACAGUCAAAGAGGAUCAUUUACUUCAACGACACCACCCAAGUCUUCAUGUCAACGUUUCUAGAUGGCUCUGCUUCCCAUUCUGUCCUCCCUCGGUUCCCCUUUGCUGAUGUGCAGAGCUUUGCUUGUGAAAGCAGUGACUUCCUUGUGACAGAUGGCAAGGCCGUCUUCCGACAGGACUCCAUAUCUUUUAAUGAGUUCAUUGUGGGAUGUGACCUGAGUCACAUAGAAGAAUUUGGGUUUGGUAACUUGGUCAUCUUUGGUUCCUCUGUCCAGCCACACCCUGUCCCACAUCGCCCAAGGGACGUCUCGGUGCUGUUUGGGUCUCACCAGGCCCUUGUUCAGUGGAAGCCUCCUGCCCUCCCCAUUGGAGCCAGCCCUUCCGCCUGGCAGAACUGGACUUAUGAGGUGCAGGUAUCCACCCAGGACCUUCCUGAGUUUACUCGCACUUUCUCUAACAUACGGGGAGUCAUGUUUAAUAUAUCUGGGCUGCAGAGUGCUAUGAAGUACAAGGUUUCUGUGCGAGCAAGUUCUUCCAGGGGGCCGGGCCCCUGGUCAGAGCCCUCAGUGGGUACAACGCUUGUGCCAGCUUCGGAGCCACCAUUUAUCAUGGCUGUGAAAGAAGAUGGGCUUUGGAGUAAGCCCCUGAACAGCUUUGGCCCGGGAGAAUUCUUAUCCUCUGACAUCGGCAAUGUGUCAGACAUGGAUUGGUAUAACAACAGCCUGUACUACAGUGACACCAGAGGAGAGGUUCAUGUGCGACUGCUGACUGGGUCAGGAGUCUCAGGGAGCCAUCACAUCCCCAGCAUUGCAGGGGCAGGGGCUUUGACUUUUGAGUGGUUGGGUCGCUUUCUCUACUGGGCUGGAAAGACAUAUGUGAUCCAAAGGCAGUCUGUGCUGACAGGACACACCGACGUGGUCACGCAUGUGAAGCUGUUGGUGAAUGACAUGGCGGUGGACUCCGUGGGUGGAUACCUCUAUUGGACCACACUGUACACAGUGGAGAGCACCAGGCUAAAUGGAGAGAGUGCUCUUGUCCUCCAGGCACAGCCUUGGUUGUCUGGGAAGAAGGUUAUUGCUCUCACUCUGGACCUCAGCGAUGGGCUCUUGUACUGGUUGGUUCAGGACAGUCAGUGUAUUCACCUGUACAUGACUAUUCUGCGAGGACAGAGCACCGAGCACAUCAGCAUCACAGAGUUUGCAGCCUGGAGUACUUCUGAAAUUUCCCAGAAUGCUCUGAUGUACUACAGUGGCAGGCUGUUCUGGAUCAAUGGCUUCAGGAUGAUCACGACUCAGGAAAUCGGGCAGAGAACCAGUGUGUCUGUGUCGGAAUCGGCCAAAUUUAAUCAGUUCACAAUCAUUCAGUCGUCCCUCAAGCCUCUGCCAAGGAACUUUUCCUCUACCCCUAAUGUUAUACCAGAUUCUGUUCCAGAGUCUUCCUUUAGGACUGAAGGAAACGCUUCAGCCUUCCGAGUCCUGUGGAGCACUCCCCCUGCAGUGGACUGGGGUGUGGUUUUCUACAGCGUGGAAUUCAGUGCUCACUCCAAGUUCCUGGCUAGUGAAAAACACCUUUUACCUGUAUAUACUGUGGAAGGGCUGGAGCCAUAUGCCUUAUUUAAUCUUUCUGUCACUCCUUAUACCUACUGGGGAAAGGGCCCCAAAACAUCUCUAGCACUUCGAGCACCUGAAUCAGUUCCAUCUGCACCAGAAAACCCCAGAAUAUUUAUAUUACCAAGUGAAAGAUCCCUCAACAAGAAUGAAGUUGUGGUAGAGUUUAGGUGGGACAAACCUAAGCAUGAAAAUGGUGCGUUGAUGAGCUUUGAGAUUUUCUACCAUAUAUCCAACCAAAGCAACACAAGCAGAGCAUCCAAAGGCUGGAUUGCUGUCAAUGUCACUUCCUCAGUGACAUCUUUUCAACUCCAGGGCAUGAGUCCUGGAUACACUGUUGCCUUCCAGGUUCAAGUCUACACAUCCAAAGGCCCAGGGCCAUUUUCUGAUGUAGUGAAGUCUAAAACUUCAGAAAUCAACUCAUUUCCUUACCUCAUGUCUUUUCUUCAAAAUGAGAUAGUGCUCUUAGAUAUGGACCAAAAUCAAGUUGUGUGGACAUUUUUGGCAGAAGGAGACAUCAACGCCUUAGGCUACACAGCUGACGAUGACAUGGGGUAUUUUGCUCAAGGAGACUCCCUCUUCCUUCUGAACUUGCGCAACCGUUCCAGCUCCAAGCUUUUCCGAGAUGCACGCAUUUCCAGCGUCACACUAAUUGCAGUCAACUGGGUUUCGAGGCACCUCUACUUUGUGCUGAAAGAAUCUCAAAACAGAACACAAAUAUUUGAUGUUGAUCUUGAAUGCAAGGUGAAACGCCCCAGUGAACUGAAGAUUUGUAACAGGAAUUCAACAAUAGUUUCUUUUUCUGUGUAUCCACUUUUAAGUCGUUUAUAUUGGACAGAAGUUUCUGAUCUGGGCUAUCAGAUGUCGUACUACAGUAUUAGCAAUCACACCUUGCAUCACAUUCUGAAACCCACAGCCACAAACCAACCAGAUGGAAGGAGCCGAUGUUCUUGCAAUGUGACUGAAUCUGACUUAAGUGGAACAAUGACUAUUGAUACUUGUGACCUAGAGAAGCCAUGGAUAUAUUUUGCCAAAGGUCAAGAGAUCUGGGCCAUGGAUCUGGACGGGUGCCAGUGCUGGAGAGUUAUCGUGGUGCCUGCUUUGUGGGCAGGAAAAACACCUGUUAGCUUAACUGUGGAUAAAGAGUUUAUAUAUUGGAUCAUCACGGCAAAGGGCAACACACAGGUUUAUCAAGCAAAGAAAGGAGGCGGCGCUGCCAUUGCCCAGGCGAAGCCCCUGAGGAGUCAGUGCAUCCUGGCGUACAGCUCGGCUGUGCAACCUUUCCCAGAUAAAGCAUUUCUGUUUCUAGCUUCAGAUAUGGUGGAACCAGCUAUACUUAAUGCCACCAACACCAGCCUCACAAUUGCACUGCCUCCGGCCAAGACAAAGCAUAUUUGGAAUGGCCUCUCUGGCCCAACUCCAACAUACCUGGUUUAUUAUGCAGAACUUCAUGGAAAGACAAGCAGCUCUCACCUGAAAUAUAAAAUACUGGAGUCUCAGGAGAGGAUAGCUCUUGUUGAAGGUUUACGACCAUUUUCAACAUACAUAAUAAAAAUGGCUAUAAAGAAUUAUUAUUCAGAUUCUCGAGAACCUUUACCCCUGGGACCAGCGAUCUGGGGAAAGACAAAAAGUGGCGUUCCGGGAGCCGUUAGAUUCAUCAACACAACCGUGCUGUCAGACACUAGCCUCCUGGUGUCCUGGAGAGAAUCUCCGCAGCCAAACGGACCUGGAGAGUCCGUCCGCUAUCAGCUGGCGAUUUCGCAUUUGCCGCUCAUCCCCGAGACUCCUCUAAGACAGAGCCAGUACCCGAAGGCGAGGCUCACUGUCCUGCUCGCAGCCCUGUCUGGCGGACAGCUCUAUGUGCUAAAGGUUCUGGCCUGCCACUCUGAGCAAAUGUGGUGCACCGAGAGUCACCGCAUCACCGUCAAAAUGUUCGACUCACCAGAGAGACCGCGGGCCGUGGCUCUGGAGGACACUAGUUUGCAAUUACGUUGGAAGGCUCCAUCCAAUGGUAACCUCAUCAGAUUUUGGUUUGAACUCCAAAAGGGGAAAUACAGCGAGUUUUCCCACAUUGAAGCUUCCUGCAGCCAGGGUCCUGCUUAUGUCUGCAACAUCUCAGAUCUCCAGCCGUAUACCUCCUACAGUGUCCGAGUUGUGGUGCAGUAUGAGACAGGAGACAGAAGCCCCUCACGCUCUGAAAGCUUCUGGACCAGAGCUGGAGUCCCAAGUAAACCAGGCAUUCCCAAACUAUUAGAAGGGAGUAAAAAUGCAAUACAGUGGGAAAAAGCUGAAGAUAAUGGAAGUAGCCUUAUGUAUUAUCUCCUUGAGAUCAGAAAGAUCACUUCAAAUGACUCACAGAACCAGGAUUUAAGGUGGAAGAUGGCAUUCAAUGGGUCCUGCAGCAGCAUUUGCAUGUGGAAGUCCAAAAACCUGAAAGGAAUGUUUCAGUUCAGAGUAGUAGCUGUAAAUCUUGUUGGGUUUGGUGACUACAGUGGAGUCAGUGACGGUAUUAUCCUAGUGGGAGAUGAUUUGUGGAUACCUGAAACAAGUUUUAUACUUACCACCAUUAUUGGAGUAUUUCUGGUCAUUAUAAUCCCUUUUGCCUUUGUCUGGCAUAAGGGAUUGAAAAAUCUGAAAACUUCUAAGGAAGGGCUCACAGUUCCAAUGCACGAAGACCAAGAGUUGGAGGAGCUGCGAGGCCCAGCGGCUGGAGUUGGGCUGGCUAAUGCUUGCUAUGCAGUACAUACUCUUCCAACCCAAGAGGAGAUUGAAAAGCUUCCUGCCUUCCCUCGGGAGAGGUUGACUCUGCGUAUCUUGUUGGGCAGUGGAGCCUUUGGGGAAGUGUAUGAAGGGAUGGCCAUGGACAUCUUAGGAGUUGGAAGUGGAGAAAUCAAAGUAGCAGUGAAGACUUUGAAGAAGGGUUCCACAGACCAGGAGAAGAUUGAAUUCCUCAAGGAGGCACAUCUCAUGAGCAAGUUUGAUCACCCCAACAUUCUGAAGCAGCUCGGUGUCUGUCUGUUCAAUGAGCCUCAGUACCUCAUCCUGGAGCUGAUGGAAGGGGGGGACCUUCUCACGUAUUUACGUAAAGCCCGGAUGACCAUGUUCCAUGGCACUUUACUAACCUUGGCUGACCUUGUCGAUGUUUGUGUGGAUAUUUCAAAAGGCUGUGUCUACUUGGAACAGAUGCAUUUUAUCCACAGGGAUCUGGCAGCUCGGAAUUGCCUUGUCUCUGUGAAAGACUACACCAGCCCUUCACGGACAGUGAAGAUUGGGGACUUUGGACUUGCAAGGGACAUCUAUAAACAUGAUUAUUACAGGAAGAGAGGGGAGGGCUUGCUGCCUGUUCGCUGGAUGGCUCCAGAAAGUCUGAUGGAUGGACUCUUCACGACUCAGUCUGAUGUUUGGUCUUUUGGGAUUCUGAUUUGGGAGAUUUUAACUCUUGGUCAUCAGCCAUAUCCAGCGCACUCUAACCUUGAUGUUUUAAACUAUGUACAAGCAGGAGGGAGACUGGCACCACCAAGAAACUGUCCUGACGAUCUGUGGAAUUUAAUGGCUCAGUGCUGGGCGCAAGAGCCAGACCAGCGGCCCACUUUCCACAGGAUCCGAGUCCAGCUGCAGCUCUUCAGAAAACUUCUCGUAAAUAAUAUUUCUCCGUGGAGAGGUGAAGCAAACACCCACGGAGCCACAAAUGAAGGCAUCGAAGGUGACAAUGACAAUAUGAUCAGCCUGAAUUCAGAUGGUGUUACACCAGUUGCUUUCAUGGAAACCAAGAACCAAGAAGGGUUAAACUACAUGGUACUUGCUACAGAACACAGCCAGAGUGAAGACAAUUCUGAGGGUCCUCUGUGCUCCAAAGAAUUUGAGUCUUGUGGUCUGAGGAAAAGAGAGAAAGAGCCAGAAGUAGACCAAGACUUCUGGCAAGAGAAACAAGUGGCUUGCUGCCUUCCUGGAAAUUCCACAGGCCUGAACUAUGCCUGCCUCACUCAUAGUGGGUCUGGAGAUGGGUCUGAUUCAUAGCACUCCUUGGAAGUACAGAGUUGAGAUCAACACUUCCAAUAAGCUGUUGCUGAGAGAAGAGAAGACAUCUGUGAUUCUGAGUUCACACUGUAAAGGUCUGAGCUCCAAUCUUCAUUCUCAGAACUGUCUGGUUCCAUUUAUAGCAGUCUUCAUGCCACUGGCCACUGUGCUGUUAGGAAGCACCACAGACAGGCAUUAGAGGCAGGAGUGGGUCUGCUCAGACAUGCAGGAGGGAGAGGCAGCGGCCAAACAGCCAGCUGGACUUCAGGUUAUCCAGAAGGUGUUGAGGACAGGGCCAAACACACGACCAGGAGGACCACUGCUCCAAUAAAAUACUGUCUUUAAUCACCACUGUAAACCAGUUCAUGCUUUGGAGGUUUAAAAUAGUGGCUUUGGCCACACUGAAAAGAGGAUCAUGAAGAUAUCUGAGACCCAAAGCUUGGCAUUCUAUGAACUCUGCAUCCAUAAAAUCCACGACUUGUGUUCUAUAAUGAAAGUUAGCUAAUACAAAGACUGCUCGAGAGCUUAGGGUGCAGCUUAGCGUGGAGCACUUGCCUGUGACCAGUGCAUAAGAUCUUUGCAGCUUUUUGCUUUUUUCCCAGUCGGUCAUGACUGGAGUGCUUAUGGAUAUUGUCUCCUGGUUUCUUUCAUGUCACAUAAUUGC